AUGGUCAAUAUUAUAAUCGAUUGGCCACAACGUCAUUUACUUCGACAAAUUGAUCGAUGGAAUAAAUUCGAUAAGAAUAUUAUUCUCAAAACUAAUACUAGCAAUCAAAUUAAUAUUCCGGAUUUACAAAUUAUAGAUCAGGAUGGCAAUUUAAUAACUUCUGUUUAUCAUAAACCAUCCUAUGGACCAUAUUAUUUACUAUUUUAUAGCAUUCAUCCAUUACAUAUGAAACAGAACAUACCAUUUACUAUGUUACUUACGUUAGAGCAAUUCGGUAUUAUUCAACAUUUCAAAAUUAUACAAAUGAACGUGGUAAAUUAA